CUGACUGUCUGCCUGUUAUUAUGCCGCGAGCGGCCGCGCCUCCAACACCCAAACACAGUGCGGCAAAAACCGGCGAGCGGCGCUCAGCAGCCUCCGCGUCGUCUCCACUGAAUGAGUGCGCAGGAAGAAACAUGAGUCACGAAUGAGGUCUGCAGGAUGUCUUUCAAGAAGGAAACGCCCCUGGCUAACGCCGUGUUUUGGGCCGCGAGGAAGGGGAACUUGGCUCUUCUUCAGCUGCUGCUCAACAGCGGCCGCGUGGACGCGGACUGCAGAGACAGUUAUGGAACAACAGCGCUGAUGGUGGCGUCCUACAGCGGCUAUUAUGAGUGUGCCAAAGAACUAAUCAUGCAGGGAGCCGACAUCAACUACCAAAGAGAGACGGGUUCCACCGCCCUGUUCUUCGCCUCCCAGCAGGGACACAAUGACGUUGUGAAGCUCCUCUUUGAAUUCGGUGCCUCCACUGAAUUCCAGACAAAGGACGGUGGCACAGCUCUCACUGUCGCCUCUCAGUACGGACACUCGAAGGUGGUGGAGACCCUGUUGAAGAAUGGAGCCAAUGUUCACGACCAGCUGAAUGACGGUGCCACCCCUCUGUUUCUCUCCGCUCAGGAGGGUCAUGUGACUGUGAUUCGUCAGCUGUUGUCAUCUGGUGCAAAGGUUAACCAAUCGAGGGAGGACGGCACCGCCGCCCUGUGGAUGGCAGCUCAGAUGGGUCACAAUGAGGUGGUGAGGGUGCUACUCUUACGUGGUGCAGAUCGGGAUGCUGACAGACAAGAUGGAUCAACAGCGUUAUUCAAAGCUGCUUAUAAGGGACACAACAGCGUCAUUGAGGAGCUUCUCAAGUUUUCUCCUUCAGUUGGAAUUCUCAAGAACGGCUCUACUGCCCUUCAUGCUGCUGUUAUGGGUGGAAAUCUACAAACUGUCCUGCUGCUGCUUAGGGCCAACGCAGACCCGACAAUACCCAACAAGAAUAAUGAACUCCCUGCAGAUCUCACGAAGAGCGAUCGCAUCCUAAAGGUGUUGCAUCCAAAAACGUUAAAUGGAGACAGUUGAUGACCAACCAGAGUCCGUCCUUCAUGCCUGCCACUUCCUCACUGAUGAUGAAGGGGGGGGGGGGGGGGCUAAAUAUAACAACGAUACAGUGUCAAAUCUACAUGUACUAUAUACGGUGCUUGCUUUUGAUUGCGACUGAAAUGAAGCCAUCAUAUGUUGAAUAAACCUGGACUAAAUCUGGAGCAACACAAUGUGCAACCACAA